AUGACCUCAGCCGGGGGCGAGAGACGGCCAGGGGCCCAGGAGAGGACCGCUGCGGGGCCGGCACAGCUCGCGGAGUCGUCCGGUGGCCACGCUCAGAGCUCUGAGUGUCCGGUGAUGGCAGACCCGUGCCUGGCGCCAGCCUAUGAGGCCUGCCGGAGCCUGGGUGAAGACAAGUGCCCAACAGGACCAGUCUCAGAGCCAAGGCUCCAGGAGGAACAACUCAAGCUGGAGGAAGAGAGGCUCAAGCUAGAGGUGGAUUCACUAGAGGAGAGAGGCCCCAGGCCUAUGGCCUCCAUUGUGAGGACCAGUCAUGGUCCGAAGAGGAAGCCUGCUGGCUCCUUAGGCCUCCUGUCCCCCAGCCUCCCAGGGCCUAGCCACCAAGCCCAUCCUAGGGCUGAAGCAGAGAUGCUACAGGGGCUGCCACUGCAGAAGGAGGAGUCAGAGAGUAGCCAGAGUGAGCCCUUCCCAUCUGCCAAACAGCACAAAAAAGCCAAGAAGCGCAAGAGUCUGGGGGCUCCAGUGCUCCCAGCUCUGGCCAGCACAGUGUCUGCCCCUUCAGAGACCUUGGGGCUAGAGCGGAAGGCCCAGCGCCUGCGGCCCCUGUACCAGUACAUCAACUACUGCAAUCCUGAGCUUAAUGAGGCAGGGGAGGGGGGCAGGGAGGCUGAGGCAGAGACGGAGCCUGAGUUGGAGCUGGCCCUGGUCCCCGAGGAGGCCGGUGUGGAGCAACUGCAGGCCUUGCUGCCCGUGGCAGGUGAGCUGGCCUCGGGCCUCUCUCAGCCCUGCCCCAGUACAUUUGUGUCCUCCACCCAUGCUCUGGUUCCCCUGGGAGAGGAGGUGGGAGAGGACCCUGGGUGUUUGCCCAGGCUGGGGGGCAGCGGCCGCCUCAAGGCUGAGGUGGAUAAGUCCGCCCAGGUGGACAUCGACAAGAUGCUGAGUGUUUGCGCAGCCCCACUCGUACCUCCGCUCUCUCCUCAGUACAAGUGA